UAGGAUAAAUUGAUAAUUUUUUUAGUCUAAAGUUAAAUAUGGUAGAAACUAUUAAUAAUUAAUUUAGUUAUUUUUACUUUUCUACUAUUGGUGGCUUGUACCUAAUUAUUCCAGUUAACAUUUAAUAGAUCAAUGCAAAUUAUUUAAUUAAUUUAGCAUUACUGCCUUGCUAGUACACAAAUUAAUUGACGAUAUUGAAUUAUAAUUCCCACUUGGAAAGCUGAAAAUGAAAGAACUUAAUGCAAUAAAUUUAACAAUGCUAAUAAGGAGACAUCCACAGUUUUAUCUCUUUUAUUAUAUUUAGGAAACACAAUACAAAAAUGAGUUAUUUUAUAUGGUUUGAAAAAGCCUAAUAAGAAAGCAAGUAUUUCCCUCAUGUGAUAUGUUCGCUCUAUUAGUAUUCGGACUUACAAUUUUUAAUUUCAUUGUUCUAGACCCAUAAGCAAAAUUCAAUUCAUAAAUUUUAUAUCGUUUUAAAUUCAUAAUCAAAACCCAACAAUUCACAAUAAUAAUUAGUCAUAUACACGAUGGGGGGCCGUAGACCCCUAUAAUUUUGAGGCCCUGUGUCGGAGGCCUGCCGACACAGUGGACACACCCUCGGGACUGGCCCUCGUAUUGAUUAGUUCAUUUUCCCUCCUCAAUAUUAAUCCUUUUUUAUCAUUCAUGUUUGUUACUAGUAUGUACACAACUUACCGUGAAAAUCAGGGUAAAUACUAAUUGUUUACCAAGUUUGCACUUAGAUCUCUUGGAAGCCAGAUUUAAUAUUGAUAUCUGAAAUUGUGAAUUCAUCAAACCAAGUCGUUGUUAACAUUUUUUUUUUAUGUUUCUUCUGUUAAUUUUUAUUGUUAUGUUGCUUCCAUAGUAACCUUUAAUAAGUGCAGAGAAGCUGAUCACGUUAACAAUAUAACCUAAAAAUCAGUGAAAAAUGAGAACACUAACAUAGUGACAUACUGACAUUGCUACUAUGAUUUAUUUAUAGCAUGACAAAUUAAUAUGCAUCUGUUUUCAGAAAUACUAAAGUUUAGUGUACGAUUUGUACCUAUAAACAAGUUCGGUGACCAAAUUGAGAUAUCCGCUCUCAAUACUGACAAUACAUCAUCAAGAACCGUGCCGUACCGGAGCUAGAACCUUCCGCUGUACCAGCUCCGAGCUCUCUCCUCUAAUUCCGUUUCUUUUAGUCGUCGAGAAGAGAAGAGAGAAAUAUUUGUGCCUUCAAACUGGGAAUCUGGGAUUCGGGCUCAUCAAUACCAGCCACUCGCCGUCCGGAUUAGGGUUUUGGUUCCUUCGCCGGGAAUUCUGAUUCCUUCGCUUUUGAAAGGUAUCGCCUCGUCUCCCUGUUAUCGUCAUUUCUGAAUUAUCAUUCCCUUUGCCGCUCCCGUGAGCCCAUUGCUCUAUCCAGUGAUAGAGCUUGGUGCUUUCGUCGCCGUCGUUUCUUCGAGAUUGUUGUUCUGUUUAGCGGAUUAGCUGUCGGCACUAUUCGGGUGAUAUCUUGCAAGUUACUUUUGCGGAACUUGUGAUAGUCUGUUCGUUCCUCUUCUGGAUCAACCUAGCUCCGGUUAGUUGCUUUGAGAUUAGGCGAAGAAAUUCAGUCGCUGCCUUCCUUAGCUUUGAGUCACGUUUUGUUUAUUGUAGAAUUGUGUAUUGUGAUUGUUGAAGUGAAUAGAGGUUAGGUUAUCGGUUAGUUUCCUGAUUGGAAUCGGUCUGUGUUUUCCUUGUACAAAAUGGAGGAUCAUUGAGUUCUCUACUCAUUUGCUGCUGCGUGUUGCUAUUUCAUUGAACCAGUCAUCUGAAUAUGCAAGGAGGAAGGGGAGGCGGGGAUCCCUUUUUUGGUUUCGGUGGUGAUCCAUUUGCUGGUUUUGGGGGAUUUGGAGGGCGGAGGAGCAUGUUGUCUGGCAUUUUCGAGGGGAGGAACCCAUUUAACGAUCCUUUCUUUACUCGUCCAUUUGGAGGAAUGUUCGAGCCCAGUUUCUUUGGUCCCAAUGCAAAUCCUUUCGUGCCUAUGCAUCCACCUGCAUAUAUCGAGCAUCAAGCUCCAGUACCCAACAGAUCACAGGGGCCAAUCAUUGAGGAACUAGAGUCUGAUGAUGAGAAGCAGGAUGCUGAUAAGGAGAGGAAAGAGAAUUCCAGAAAGCAUGGUAGGUCUGGUAAAGGGCCAUAUGUUGAGGAAGUGGAUGAAGAAUAUGAAGGGAGGCACCGCAAGAUGUUGAUGGCUGGAAAUAGGCAUAACAAUUUCAGUAGAGUGCAGUCUAAGCCUCCUCAAAGUCAGAGCUUUGUGUUUCAAAGUUCAAGUGUCUCAUACGGUGGUGCUGGUGGAACUUAUUACACUUCAUCCAAGACAAGGAGAACGGGAAGUGACGGGGUAACAUAUGAAGAAAGCAAAGAAGCUGAUAGUUCUACAGGCAAAGCAUCUCACAGGAUUUCAAGGGGGCUACACAACAAGGGUCAUACCGUAGCACGGAAGCUUAACUCAGAUGGGAAUGUGGAUUCACAGCAGAUCCUGCAUAAUCUUGAGCAAGAUGAACUUCCUAAUUUUGAACAAGCUUGGAAUGGUAGUGCUGGACCUCAUUUGCCUGGCUGGGGAAGAAACUUCAAUGGUAGUGAGAAUAUGAGGGCUGUUGGCAGUAGUCAGAAUAAUCCACAGGUAGGUCAUGGAGGGUGGGCACUUCCUUCGACAGAACGUCCGAAUCCGAUUGGCCGGUCGGUUGUAAGCCACCCGGCAGAGGGGAGUGGAUCUUCACGGCGACAGGUCUCAGGAAUGGCGAAUCGUGCAGCUGCCAGAGACAAGCAUCACCAUUCUUCUGGACGGGGAGGAAGAGAUUAGGCUGCUUGAAGAGACAAUAGCAUCCGUUCUGCUGCUGCUUAAACUUGUAUGCAAUCUUAAGUAGAUAGUCCACUCUAGUCUAUAUAUACAAAAUAGAUGUGUUCCACAUAUGGAUGCGUGUUCGAGGUAUGCUGAAACUAGCCAGGCAACUGCUAGAACUUGAAUCGUGCCCCUACUUGCUGGCUACGGCUUAUGAUCUCUGUAUCAAAGGCCUUAAAGGGAAAUGGAGCUACUCCAUCUGAAUGGAGUCAUUACAGAAGGGUUGUAUUUCGAUGUAGCAUGUAAAUAGCUGUAUGUUUCAAAGAACAAUGAGAAAAGAAUGGAGUUACUAGUAUCCAAUCUUGCAUUAAAUGUUUUAAAAGAAGUCCUAUGAAUCUUCUUAAUUUGAUUCAAGCUCGGGAAACUAUCUAGUCUCCGAAUUGUGGUCAUCAGAUAACCAAAAUAGAUCUGCCGUUUGUUCUGCAAAUGAUCCAUCAUCUUCUUUUGUAGCCAGUUUCCAUUGUUCCCACACGCAUGCUGCGUAUAUGAAACACAGACGUCCAAGAAACACUCUAAACCAGAAGAAGAUUUCCUGGAGAUGGCUGAAAGUUCAUUACUCAUCAUCUCCAGCAACAGUAUUAUGACAAUGCAGAAAAUAACAGAAAAAGUAGUUCAAAACAUUGCACAUGGCCCUGUGGGGGGUUUCUAAAUAGAUGCCAGUAACUACA